AUGGGUGAUAGCCGCGUCGGUGCUUCUGAUUCCUCGGAUGACGAGGAGUAUAUUCCAACAGCUGAGAAUGAGGACUCAAGCUCAGAAGAAUCCGGAGAUGAUCUCUCUGAUGACGAGCUGGAAAAAGCUUCUCCAGAGGAAAAGAUAGCUAAACCAAUUGCAGAAAAAGACAGGGACAAAAUAUGGGAGGAAUUUCUCGAAGGAACAGAACAGAGUAGCCAAAUUGAACAAAACUCUUCCUCCAGAUCAAGGGACUCCUUAUCAAUUAAACCAAAUAUCUCAAAAGAACCCACUCCUAGCAAUAGUAAAAUAACUAACCACAAUCCUUUAAGCACAACAACUCUCGGAAUUGGCCAGAAACGGCCUGCACAGACUACAGGCAAUCGAUUAAGCGAAGCAUUUAAGAAGCUCAAGUCCUCCACUUUCGGCGCCAGUGCUCCUAAAAUUUCUACUUUAGAAAAAUCUCGACUUGACUGGGAAUCCUUUACCGAAAAGGAAGGAAUUAAAGACGAUCUCAAACUCCACAACAAAGGAAAAGAUGGAUACGUGGAACGAAAAGCAUUUGAAGCCCGCACACAGGAACGACAAUAUGAGAUGCUUAGAAAAGCUCGAUUGAAGAAUCUUUCACGGCGGUGA